AUGCAAUUCACCACCCUCACCAGCCUUGUGCUCGCGCUCGCGCUCGCGCUCGCCCACAUCGGCGCCGUCGUAGCCAGCCCCGCAGGCCUACAGCACCGCGCGGAGUGCUCCAUCGUGUGCGUGAACGACGCGGAGUGCGUGGACUGCCUUGGUGUGACGGCCGCCCUCGACUGGACCUGCCUCGUCUUGGGCGUCCCUGGGGCGCAAGGGCUGUGCCUCCCCUUGGUGUAG